CCGCGCAUCGUGCAUGCCGGACAACAGUGACAGAGAAAGAAUCAAAUGGCGGCGUUAUUUUAGUUUCGUUAGAAAUUCCUAUUUCUUAACGUUCGCCGCCAUCGAAUUCAGUUUUAUUUAGCCUGUUUACAUUCACGAGUUGUAACUUUUCGUCGCGGUGACUGUGAUUUUCGCUGGAUCCGAGAAUUACGGGAGAAACGAGCGAUCGUGGACAGCAUAACCUAACAUAGUCGUAGAGCGUUUGUGUUUAACCACGGUUCCAAAGGAUGGCAAUGAACGAAGACUUCAGCUUCGCCGAAUUGUGCAGACUUUGCUCAUUGAAGAGUAAUCAUCAGCUUCAGAUCUUCGACAAAGAAGGCGAACAACGGCAGCUACUUUUCAAAAUACGUUCCUGCAUUCCUGCUGUGAUAACUAAAGAGGAUGCACUUCCAAAAAAUAUUUGCCAGAGAUGCGUGUAUAAAUUGGACAUGUUUUACGAGUUUCGUGUGAGCUGCAUGACUACAGACACGGUGUUAAAAAAUUACGCGGACAGUUUGAAGCAUCUCGCCGCAUCUGUGAACCAGGGCACGGACAAGGACAAGAUGUCUAAUGGUAGCCAGCAGCAACUGCAGCGAUCGGCUUACGUGGAAGCACACGCGGUGGCUCACGCCGCUGUGCAGCAACACAUGGCACAACAAGCUGCACAAGCGAGGCUCGCCGGACCUGGUCCACCUGCGACACCUCAAGCUCCUAAUCCCACGUUUACUUUGCCCGACGAUGGCCUCGGCUACGACGACGGUGUCCGCGUGCUUCGCUCAAUUGGAACGUGGUCCCCGGAUUAUUCCGCGGCGAUGCGUCCCGGUGGUGUAAUGCCCCCAUUUCCCGGUGCGAUGGAUCAGCAAUUUGGUAGCAGAGCACCGACGGUAAAUCAACCGUUGAGAACGACGAACAAUGUACCCUCUCGACCAGGAUUUGCGUCUAAAGCUACCAAUACGGGUGAACCCGCGACAAAGGCGUUCGCUUGCACCGUCUGCGGUAAAGGCCUUGCCCGUAAGGACAAACUCGUUAUUCACAUGCGUAUCCAUACCGGGGAGAAACCAUAUUCCUGCGAGGUCUGCGGAAAAGCGUUUGCGCGCAGAGAUAAGCUAGUUAUUCACAUGAACAAACUUAGACAUAGACCAGGAGUAGCUCCGCUGUCUACACCCACUGCUCCGAAUUCAGAUCAACAGCAGCAACAAGCACAACAGCAGCAACAGCAAGCUCAGCAGCAGCAGCAACAGCAGCAGCAGCAGCAGCAGCAGCAAGCUCAGCAACAACAACAGCAACAAUCUCGACAAGAUACUAUACACAAAUUGAAAGAGGAGCCGGUUAGUUGGGCGUGCGAAUUGUGCGGUCGAGCAUUGGCUACGAGAGAGGAGUGGAUGCAACAUGCUCGAUCACAUUUGGAAGCGUCCGCUCCACCGCAGCACGCAGCUCCUUAUUUCCCAGGAUCAACGGCGCCACCGCAACCGUACGCCUCCGAGAGGCAUUUCUGUCUGAUGUGCCGUACAGAUUUCACGGACAAGGCUGAAUUUAUGUUCCAUGUGCGCUCCCAUUUCGAACCUCACGUGCAGCAAACUCCGCCCCAACAUUCGAGUGGUAAACAAGCCGGGGAUCCUGCAACGGCUGAACUCAUUGCACGCGGGCUGGUCGAUCCGUCAGGAUUAUGCAGCUAGAAUUAUCCUUCCUGUCAAUAUGUACCAUCGAUUCGUGUCUUACCAUAGUACAAGUUCUCCACUCCAUUUUGACCAGGACUUUUGCAUAGGAUUGUCAUGCAUAUUGUGAUUGUAAUGAAUAUGUACUGAUUUAUUGAUAAGCGAUGCACAGUAGUACAUUCGUGUAGAAAAAUAUCGAUGCAGGAGCAGUCGUUUAUUUCGCCGUACAGAGGAAUAUUCGUUGCAGCUUUCAGACAUCGUCGAUGUAUCAUUUUCGGCGCCGAUUCGAUACUUGGAUCGGCUGUUGAGGAAUCGAUAGACACAAUGUGCUCGCACCGCCUUUAGAAACGGACAGAGAACAAUAUUUUUCGCGUUACGCAACAUAUCAGCAAAAUGGGAAUCUCGAACAAUCGUAGAGGUACUACUGUGUAUCCCGUAUGUAUGUAUAUGAAUUAAGGCAUACGUUACUCGUAAAAUAUUUAAAUAUGGACGCGAUACUGACUUAAGGUAAGAGAUUCCACUAUUGCGUCGGUAUUUAAAUGUGACUACUUAAUAGUAUACGUUCCUACAUAGCUAGCUUUCCGCCAUCUUUAACCAUUAGCAGUAUCCGCUAUUCGAUGUACAAGUUUGUUCUCAAUGCUAUUGUAUUUUUUUACACUUAUAUUUUUGUAUACGUACGUUCCAUGGUCUAGAGAAUUCACCGUUUCGAAGCAAUAGUUUCUAAAAUUGAUAAGCACCGUGAAACAUCGGAACGCGUUACGCAAAACUAGCUGAUAAAAACCCUAUUUGGAUAAGAAGUUCGUUUAAAAUAGAAGUAUACGAAUAUUUUCUAUCGUUAAAACCAUUUAUUGGAUGAUUAUACAGCUGCAUAUAAAGCAUCUUAAAGUUAAGGGUCUAUUUCGAUCAUGUGAUUCUUUUCCUUUAUUUCUUCUCUUCUUUUUCUAAGUUAAGCUCGAUGAUUCUUCAGAGGCAACGUAUUAUCAGCCGCAUUCUCAAUUUAUGGUACCAAACGUGUAGUUUUUGCUGUGGUGUAGCGUAAGUGUUGACAAUAUUACCGACCCAAGCAUCCCAGAUGUUUAUGUUAAUCUAUUUUAGAGCGAGUAGUUCCUUUUUAAAAUUGACGUUUUCCUUACAGUACGCUGGAAAUCUCGUUUACUGUUACGAGCA